AUGGUUCGGCCGCAGCUCAUCUCCGUGGUGGCCGCCAGUCAAUCAAUCAAUCAUCAUUCAUCCAUCCAUCGCCGUCACCAAGACGAAGAAGAAGCCCUCGACGACUGGCCCGUCACAUCAAAUACUCGACUAAGUUAUGAUACUGGUCCGUGGCAGCAGCUCGAGGGCGCAGGGUCGCCGCCGCCCAUCCACUCAACCAAGCCCAAGCCUGUUCCUGGCUCCAUCUCUCAUGAUCCGCAUGGCCUCCUGCAUCCUGGGCCGCAGCGGUGGAGGGGACUUGCCGGCCGUGAUAGAAAAGCAAAAAAGGACGAAGAAGAAGCGGCCUGCGAGCGUUCGUCUGCCUUCUUUGGCUGCUGGGCUCUUGCUGGGCGGGACUUCUUCAGCCUUUUCAUUCGCCUUUUGCCAUCUGCCCACCUGGAUCCUCGUCACCCCUAUAUGGAUGGCUUCAUGGCUCUGGCUGCUCCCUACUAUCUGGUUCUCUCCCCCCAAGUAGGUCCUCUAGGCCUGUUGCAAGGGAGCCCGUACUUAAGUAUAUACUCAAAGUACUUCCUGACUCCGUAUCAAGGGUCACCCCCUGCCAUCAUUUCCAACCCCCCUGAGGAGACGACAGCAAAGGGGAUGGAUCAAGACAAGCCCAUCUCGAGGGCCAACGCUCCGCACCCACAUCGACCGGAGAUGGCUGCAAAAUUAUAA